AUGACGUCCUACGAGGAUAGUGUGACGGGCCAUGCCUACAGCACACUGUUGCGCCUGGGACUGCCGGCAUACACGAUGCACUUUAAGAGCCCGACGUAUAUGCGGGAGUCCAUGUUGGAGAGACUGGACAGGACCGUGUGCAAGGAUAUACUCAAGGCCUCGGCGCAACAACCCGAAGUCAGGUUAGUCAUAUGCGCGCCUCCACUCGCACUCGCCAUCGGCUAA